AUGACACCAAGGCUUCUACAAGAAGUCCUCAAGUCCACGAACGGGAUCCCAGAGUUCAGCAAUGAUAAAUCACAUGCUCACAUCCGUUGGACAGAGAUGCUACCCGAUGACCUGCGUGACUAUGAGCGGCAUACGUCAAUGCAGAAGAACGAGCACCUGGUCAAUCCUAGGCGCGAGUUUCUCCUGAGACAAUACAACAAGUUCCGACGUUGGGCCAGUAUUGCGGCGGGGAUCACGAGUGUCAUUUCAGCGCUACUGUCGGCCUUUAUGGAAUCAAUCAUGAUCUACACCAUUUACAAAUUCUACACCACCAAAACCCUCUUCGUCGAAGGUCGGCCUUGGGGGCCGUGGGCGAGAGACAGCGUCCUCUGGCCGACUUUCAUGCUAGCCGUCGCCUCCAUCGUCACCUCUCUCUUGGCGUUGACAGCACUGGUUGCUCUUUGGUGCCGAGCCAAGCAUAAGGCAGCGUUUUUCAGCCUUCUGUAUGCUGCCGUGCAUAUCGUGGCAUGGGUGGUCGUUUCGGUGUUAUACAGGGUCGAGAAGACAGAGAAGGAUCUUUGGGGCUGGAGUUGCACCGACAAAGCCAGAGCAAUUCAACAACAACUUGGGAGUCGUAAGCUGAACUUUGAAAGCCUGUGCAGGCUUCAGGCAUCCUCUUGGGAAGUCUCAGUCGCCGAGGUCGUCAUCAAGAUACUUACGACUAGUGUCUCCUGGUACUUCAGUAGCAGGCAGGAAGGGCUGAAGACCGAGAUUGUUGGCGAGAUCGGCUCGGCAGUCUUCAAUCAGACUGAAGACUUCCGUGCGAAGUCCAUCUUCGGGAGGGUCCCACUGGUAGAGGACGGCGAUGUCGCGAUCUUCGAGUCUCGCGCAAUUGCCCGCUAUCUGUGCCUGAAGUACGCGGACGUGGGCCCGAGACUGAUGCCCGAGAGUACCGACGUUAAAGUCAAUGGCGUCUGGGAGAUGCGGUUGACCCUCGAGGCGAUCGAGUUCGAUAGCCAUGUCGCGCCUGUCAUUGGCGAGACACUCAUUCGCCCCGCAUUAGGAAAGGCCACAGAUGAAGCCGUCGUCGCAAGACACAAGCCGAAACUGCUUGACUGUCUGGACGUGCUCGACAAGGCGCUGUCGAAGACGCCGUACAUGGGAGGAACCGAGUACAGCCUCGUCGACAUCUUCUACAUGCCAUGCAUGUUCACCGUCAGCAAAUGUCUUGAUGUUUUCGAGGGGAGACCGAAUCUAAGGAGGUGGUGGGAAACUGUCAGUGCCCGAGAGGCGUGGAAGGAGGUUGUCAAGCCGCUUGACGAUGGAUAUAGUCAAGUUGUCCCAGGGUGGAACAAAUGA